GUCGUCGGUGGUUGUUGGUAUUGCUCGAACGUUCGCAAAAAAACUGUUGAAAAUACUUGGAUAAAAGUUGUGUGGAAAAUCUAGCAAGUUUUCAUUAAUUGUGCCGUGCUGAGUGCUAACUAACGUGUGCAAUAUGUAUCUUUUGGCAUUGCUUGCGUUCAUUGGAAAUGCCAAAGAUGGAAAUGCGGUGAGCUCGAGCCUGAUCCCCGGCGGGUCCUGCCGCGACUACAAUGGGAAGAUGUACGAGACGGGCAUGCACUACAUGCCCGGUCCCGACUCCUGCCGCCUGUGCAUCUGCGACAGCGGGCUGCCCAAGGCGUGCAAGAUGGUGCUCUGCGAGGCGUUCAGCAAGUGCAAGUCCUUCCAGACGGUGGGCAGCGGCAACAACUGCUGCGAGGUAAUCUGCCUGGACGACCAGUUCAGCGACGGGAGCACCGACUUUGGCAUUUGACUGGUGGCCAGUGGCAUCACGGCCACGCUCUCACUGUCGCUGCUCUUCUUCCUGGUGAAUCGCCUGAGGCAGCGAAAGAUGCGGGCGCGGGAGAACCGCCAGAAUGCGGAGGAUCAGCGCAGCAUCGUGGGCAGCAUAGGCUACAUAGCCGGAAACAUGGGCUACAUGGAGGGCAAUCUGAGUGCCAUUGACUACUCCUACGGCGGCGCCGCCACCCACUAUCCCCUGUGGAAGCCGCACUUUCCGCGCGGCGAGGCUCCUCCGCCCUACGAGGAGGCGGUGGCCAUCUCCCAGGCGGAGGCGCUCAGUGCCCAGUGCACGGUCAGCCUGCCGGCCAGUUCCCAGCGAGCGGUGGCCACCGUCAGCCAGCAGCAACACGCGGCAGUGGCCCAGGCCCAGGCUCAAGCCCAAGCUCAGCAGCAGCAGCAACAGAUCCAGGCGCAGGUCCAGGCUCAUCAGCAUCUGCAGCAGCACACGCUCCAGCUGCACACUCAGCCGCAGCAGCAUCAUCAACCCUACAGCCAGCAACUGGUGGCCCAUCCGCACGCACAGCACCCCCAUUCGGCGGCUACCGUGCUGCCCCAGUCGAACCAGUACACCCAGAGCACCACCAAUCUGAUCAACAUAAACAUCAACAGCGGCGGGGUGACCACCAUAGCCACCGGGGAGAAUCACCAGCCGCCCUACAGCCUGCAGAGCGACCACCAGCUCAGCCUGGAGCAGCAACAGCAGCAGCAGCACUUGGUGCAGCCUCCCGUCAGCAGUGGAUCCAUCUGCCUCCAGGCGAUGCCCAAGCCGCCGGUCAACGGGGAGUGCAGCUACAAGAACUGCCACCUGAACAUCAGCGCCAGUGUGACCACUGCGGCGGCCAGUUCCAGUUCGGCGGCCUACACGGCGGGACGCAGGACCACGCCAAGGGGAUCCCAGGAGCUGCUGCAUCAGUUGCCGCAGCAGCAACAGCAGCACCAACAGCAGCAGCAGCAAUAUCUCACCGUGGCCGAUGUGGAGAUCAAUGCCAGUGCCAGUGCCGCCAGCUAUCAUUCCCUGCCGGCCAGCAGUGGCGAACUCCUGGCCACACCCACUCACUCCCAGGUUCUGCAACAGCAGCAGCAGCAGCAACACCUGUUGGCGGCCAUCUCCUCGCCGGCCAUGGAGCUGCUGCAGCCCCUGGAGAUAGCCACAAUCUCGGCGGCACCGGCCUGCAGCACAGCUGAUUCGGUGACCCAGACCACGCAGAUGCCUCUGCAGGGAACGCUGAAGAACAGUCAGCAGAUCAGCAAGACACCCUCCAGUUCGAGGCGCUAUCAUCGCACCGUGCCACGCUACUUUGCCGUGGCCGAUCCCCUCCAGCUGAAGCCCAAGACGAGUCCAAGCGAGAAGCAGCAGGCGGCCAGCAAGAAGCCCAUGUGCCAGUGCCCCAUCCAGCAUGUGCCCAUGUCCUACAUGGGCAGCACGGCCAAUGCGAAUGCCUUCCUGAGCGGAGCGGGCAAACUGUUUGCAGGGAACUCGAGCAGCAGCAGCACCUCCACGCCCACCUGCUCCCUGUCGCCGGGGGCGGCGGUCAGCGGGGGAGUUCGUCAUGCAGCCACCUUGUCCUAUGGACAGCGAGCCAAAUCCUCGACGAAUCUGCAGCAGCAGGCACAGGAUCUGAUCACGGCGGCUGCCUCGGGUGGAGGAACCUUACGAAGAAGCGGUUGUGGCCACGAGCCCAAGAUAGCCACCAUCUCCAAGCAGGUGGGCGAUGAGACGCAUCAUGCGGGAUCAGCCGGCGGCGGCGGAGUCAAUGUGUCGGCCAUCAUACCACCGCCGCCGCUGCAGCAUCCCGAGGAGGUGUCGGCCCCGCCAAUUGUCCUGGGACGCGUGCAAAAGAGGUCCUCCAGCAGUUCCGCGGAAAGGGGCAGGAGUUCCAGCGGCGCAGGCGGGAGUGGCGGACGCAGUGUGUCCAGCGGUGGCGGCGACUCCCUCUCCAGCGCCUACUUGAAUCGAAAGGUUGAUGCCUACUUGAGUUUGACGCAGAAACAGCAGCAACAUUUCUUUAACCAGCAACAUCAGCAGCAGCAGCAGCAGCAUCCAGAUCCAAGCAAUCCGACUUUACCACCGAAACUCUACAAAAGCCUAACGAAUUUAAAGAGCGCCACCGUGGUCAGCACCUCCUCGUCCUCCUGCUCGUCCAACGGCGUGGCCACCAUCUACACGCUGAGCAAGCCGGUGUCCAGUGGCCAGCGCUCCAAGGAGCAGACGCCCUCGUUGACCCUGCCGCCGGCGAGUCCGUCCGCAGGAUCCGGCGAGAAGCUGGCCAGCGGCAAGAUAAACUCCAGCACCUUCUAUCCGCUGGCCAACCAUGUGACCUACACCCUGCCCAAGCACAUCAGCGGCAAGGUGUCGCUGAACAGCACCAUCAACAGUGUGGUCAGCAAGGUGCCCUCGGUGAUCAGCAUUCCGCCGGUGGAGAACAACAAUCCGGGUGGUCAGACGGCGGGGAAUCCGGCCAAGAGCACCACACUGCCAAAGAUACUGCGCGUGAAGCGGGAUUCCGGAGGAGGAGCUGCUGCCACGAGCCUGGCGAUUGCCCACUGCCAGAUGCCCAGUUACCCGGUGACGCCGAAGGCCACCAGCGGACGGUCGCCCAGCAAGCAGCUGCCCGUGUGCACCACCUCCAAGAACUGCCUCAAUCCCAAGGAGCACUUCCUGCCCAACGACACCAGCCUGGACGAUGACUACCUGAGCGAGUGCGAGAACUGCAAGAUAGCGCAGAGCGCCAAGUACUACCUGGAUGCCGAGAUGAGCGGCGCCGGAUCCUCCAGCUCGCACCAGGAGACGAUGACGCUGCAGCGCAAGUCGCUGGAGGAGACCAAGGAGGAGCCGCUCGAUAGCUACUACCGCAGCUCGCACACCCUGCCCAGCAAUGCCAAGAAGCAUGGCAAGAACAACAACCGGGAAAAGUGGCAGUUUUCCACGAUACCGGCGGCCAGCUCUUCGGAUGAAGAUGUCAACGAAUGAGAUUUAAGCCAUUUUCUUUAAGAUGCCCGAUCCCCGGCCAGAAGAGCAUCCUAAAGAAAACGCAGGCUCCAAACACCCAAAAUCCCGCCCCCGGAAGGCUAAUCAACUCGA